UUCAGCGGAAUGGAUUAAACCUUUUAUACACGCCGCAGUUUAUAGCCAUCGUGAUCGGGUUUUUUUUUACAUCGCUGUGCACUGGAUGAAAAGGUCGCUUUUGUUUCGUUGUUUUUUUUCUUCCCGUUGAGCUAAAAACGAGUCAGUAUAGUCUGUGUUUAGCUAGCCGGUGAUGGAGACUGGCAGCUAGCUAGCAUCAACACACCACACACACACACACACUCACUCACACACACACACACACACACACACACACACACACACACACACCCCAACACACACACACAGCUGGCAGCUAUUCUCCUUUUUGUGUUCACUGCAGCUACUUAUGAUUAAAACCUUCAAGAUGUUAGUUUGUGUUUGAUUGACGUAGAAACGGAUACCGGCUGUCGCUAGCCCCGCUGUUGCUAACGUUACACAUCGUUCGGGCUCGCGCUAGCUGUCACCGGAGAUCACCGAAGAUCAUCGAGGAUCACCGGUUCGUGUAUGAGAGGCUGGAAAUACUGGCACAACUUCGCUUGAUAUUUUUAAGAGAAGCCACCCCUGCCACGACGCUUUCUUUUUCCUUCUUUUUUUGUUGUUGUUGUUGUUGUUGGUUGGCUUUUGAAUAUUUAUUUAUUUAUAUAUAUAUUUUUUGUUGGCCCGUAGUUUUGUCAAAACGGCGCCGUUAACAAACUGCACCCUUAUUAUUGCACACUGUCAGAGACCAACUAUCCCACGGAUCCUCUCGAAAUGCAUCACCCGGACCCCGCAGGAGACUCUGGCAGUGUCAGAAAGAUGUCGGCUGUCUUUCACAGGAGGGGUAGCAACACGGGCGGAACGGCGCUGUCAACACCGGCGACCACGGUGGUCAAUAACAGCCACGUCCCCGCCGAUGAUUAUCAACCCUCCCUGUUGAUUCAGUGCCAACCUCCUGCUGGUUCAUCCUCCCCGGGUCCCCACCUUCAUCAUCAUCAUCACCAUCACCAACCACCUCCUCCUCCUCCCCACAGCCUGAAUCUACAUCCCCAGCCCGCGCAGUCUGCCGGGGCUCAGAUGAAAAAGAAGAGCGGUUUCCAGAUCACGAGUGUGACUCCUGCGCAGAUAUCUGUGAGUACCAACAACAGUAUUGCAGAGGACACGGAGAGUUAUGACGACCUGGAUGAGUCCCACACGGAGGAUCUGUCCUCUUCUGAAAUCCUGGAUGUGUCUCUCUCCCGUGCAAAUGACAUUGUCGGAGCCGAGAGGAGCUCCUCAGAGGAGACGCUGAAUAAUUUCCAUGAGGCGGAGACCCCUGGAGCUGUCUCCCCUAACCAGCCUUCACACCCCCAUACUCUGAACAUGGUGAACGGGACUGUGCACCAUCACCAUCAACACCCUCAUCAUGCUAACCAUGUCCAGGCCUACUCUCUGUCCUCCGGGACUGGGAGCAACCCAUCUGCCCUCACAUCUGGAGCUUUACCUUGUGUCACCCAGAAAAUGCCUUCUAACAUGGGGGAGAAUGUUUCCCAGGCUGCCCCUCCAAGUGGCGUUGCGCAGCCUGUGGGGGUUGUGGCCCCGGGAUCUGUCCCAGGAAUGCACAGCUCUGCUACGGGCACUACAGUUAGCAUAGUUAAUCCCCAGACCAGCAGUGUUAGUAAUGUGAAUAUGUUGAGCUCUGCCAACGUGCCUGUGAGAGGGGGAAUCAGCACGAGUGCUAGCAGUAGCAGCGGUGGCUUUCCUCUCAAUGUGAUAAGCAGCAGUGGGGGGAGCGGAGGUGGUGCUGUUGGAGGUGGGGGUAACCUCAUGGCCGCCACGAAUGUCGGCAUGAUUCAGCAACAACAAAACAUCAACUCGAACAUCACCAUGACUACUACGACCCCUGCUGCUGCUACUGUUGCUGCUGCUGCCAGUGCCUCUGGAGGAGUGGGACUCUCCGGUGCGAUGCAGGGCAGAGUUGGAUCCGCUGUGCUGCAGCCCGCGAGUGCCCCUGUCACAGCUGUGGCUACACCCCCUGUACCAUCUACUUCUGCUCCAGCACCUGCAAUUGCUACCACCAGCUCUCGCUUCAGGGUGGUGAAACUGGACUCUAGCUCUGAGCCCUUCAAGAAGGGCCGAUGGACUUGCACUGAAUUCUACGACAAGGACACUCCAGCCUCGGCUUCCAGCUCCUCUACAUCUGAAGCUGGGUCUCUCAGCAUGCGUCAGUUUGUCUCUGAGAGCUUUGCUGGGGGCUCAGAGAGGGAAAGCACAAGUGGUAGCUCUGUGAGUAGCACGAUAAGUACAUUGAGCCAUUAUACUGAGAGUGUGUGCAGCGGAGAGGCUGGGGGACCCCCAGUACCCCAGCAUGCCCAGGAUUACGCUUCCCCACCUCAGGGCUUUCAAACAAUCCUCCCGAGUGGCUUAAACAUGGGUGUGUCGCAAACCCAACCUCACAUGCACCCCCAGGAUUUUACCCAUUCACAUGUAAAGACUACUGUGGCCCCCUUGACCCCCACAAACAUUCAACAGCCCGCACCCAUGCCAGGGCACCAGACCCUCUCUGCUGUAUCCCAGCAGCAGCUCACCUACGCCCAGGCAGUUGCUAAUCAGCCCUCAGGCUCCACACAGGGCCUAGUUGGUGUGCAGCAGCACAAGAUAGGGUAUGCCUCUCUGCCACAGCAGCAACCCGCUAACCCUCAAGGAGCCCCGGUGCAGGUGAGGCCACCUGAGUACAGCCAGCAGCAUCAAGGUAUCCCCCAGGCGGGGGUGGCCUCUCAACCUCUGAUGAACCAAGCUGGAUCGGUUCCCUCCGGGCCAGCUAGUGGAGCAUGUCAGAUGAUGGGAGGCCCACAACAGUCACAGGCGCUCCUCCACUCACAGCCCCAGCAGCCCCCCUCACUUCAGGCCACCACCUCUCAUGUUGGAGUUACAGGUCUUGGACAGCAGCCUCACAGCCACCCUGCCCACCUGGAUUGCCAGCAGCAGAAGCCACAGUCACCCCCAACACAAAUCCAAAACCCAGGACUGGGCACCCAGAUGCCCACUACAAUCCACCAGAGCCAAGUGUCUGCAACAAGUGUGCCUCCCCCCAACCCUCAAAGUGACACCCAGGCCCAGCUGCAAGCCCACAACAUUGGGAAUAGUGGUCGGAUGCCCCCGCAGGGUGUUCCCCACAGUCAGCCGUCGUUUAUCAGCCUGUCCCAAGAGAGCACUGCCCAAGCCCUGGCUCACGCCGCCCAGGCCACCGCCCUCUACGCUAGCCUGCCCACCUUCACCACCACUCAGCUGCAGGACGCCCAGCGGCUGCUCCUCCAGCACCAGUCGGCUCUGCUGGGGAUGACCAAGCUGUCUGGAGGAGAGGCCGGAUCGGGAUCUAACACUGGCCAGGGUCAAGAAGCCGAGGGCAGCGCCGCCACCGCCAGUGCCUUAACUGCAUCAGCUGGUCUCAAGAGCGUAGACGGAGAGGAUGAUGGUUCGUCAGGAGCCAGCGUUGUGGCCAUAGACAACAAGAUUGAACAAGCAAUGGACCUGGUGAAGAGUCACCUCAUGUACGCCGUGCGCGAGGAGGUGGAGGUCCUGAAGGAGCAGAUCAAGGAGCUGAUCGAGCGCAACUCGCAACUGGAGCAGGAAAACACCCUGCUGAAGACGCUGGCCAGCCCAGAGCAGAUGGCACAGUUCCAGGCCCAGGUUCAGACCGGCUCCCCGCCUGCCGCCCCUACAUCUGCCACUCCGGGGCCCCCGAGCGCCGCCACCCUCGCCCAGCCUGCCUCGCACAGCUCCGGCCCCUCGGCGUAGCCCGACCCACGCAGACGAAUAAGACUGACUUGACUGUUUUUCGAGCUCUGCCACGGCAGCAGAGCCAAACCUUGCCUUCUACAGCAGGAGGUUUUUUUUCGCUGUUAAGACAAGAAUUUGCACAUAUUUAUCUCAGAAGGAUGCAGCUAGCGGGACGAGCGGGGGCAGUGGAGGGUGACAAUCUUGAGACGCUGUACUCGGGUCGGGGGGUGGGGGGUUGUCUGUUUCAGAGGAGGAGGAAUCAUCGAACAUUUGCCAAAUAACCCUUGGACAUAUCAACUAGAAUGUCUUAUUAAGAAGGAACAAAACAGCUUAUCAGUGGCGAUAAUAUACUUAAUAAUAGAUUUAAAAAAAAAAUAAAUCACUGUGCCUGUGUCUGGAUUUUAAGUGAUGUCGAUUUUACUGAUGACGGCGAUGGUGGAGUAGGAGGGUGGAGGCGGAGGACGACUGUAUUGGUUGUUACCUUUUUUUUCUUUCUUGCUGAAUGAUGUAAUGUAAAUAAAACCGCGGUUCUCUCUCUCUCUCGAGGCUAGAUCCUAAAGUUACAGGUGGAGAGAUUUAAGAGAGAGAG